AUGCCUCCAGAUGGCUCAUCAUUUACGGCCUUGAAUCUACCAUCGGGAUUUACGCUACCACAGUGUAUGGAAUACUUCACACUGACCGCGGGCCCAAAUACGGAUCUAUGGCGUAAGCCUCCAAACGGCGAUACAUCGACCGCACCCAUUGUCUUCACAUCAUUACGACACCCAUUUGUCAUAGCAGAAGUAACUGUCAGCGCAGACUGGGAGAUGGAAUGGGAUCAAGGUGGUCUGGUUAUUUUUGCCGGUGCUGCGCCUCAGUCAUUCUCAUCCGAUGCCCCGAUCCUAGCCACGAGUCGCCGCGUCGGUGCCGCAUGUCCUCCGUGUAAGUGGGUCAAAGCAGGCAUGGAGUUUUCAGGUGGCACUGUCAAUGCGUCUUCAGUUAGUGCUACGGCUGAUGGUGCGGAUUGGUGUCUAUCACCAUUGAAUCAACCUGUUCAAGGGCCCAUGGUUAAUUCACUACGUAUCAAGCUUGAGCGUAUUGGUCAUGCUCUCUGGAUCUGGUAUCAAGUUCCGUCGGCUUCGCCAUAUGCUUUGUCGCCUGGUGCUGUGGGAAGUACUUGGAAGAAGUUGCGAGAAGUGACGUGGUUCUUCUAUGGUGUUGAGGAUAAGUUUGUUCAUGUUGGUGUUUAUGCGAGUCGACCGACGAAUCUUGGACGUGGUCAGACUAUGUGGGAUACUAUGCAUGGCUUAACGCUGGAUAGUUUGUCUUCGUCUGGUACGGCUGAUGGACUGGUUGUGGAAUUUGAAGAUCUGGAAAUUUUCUAA